CCCUGGCUUCACAUGUUCCGGCAUCCCGCCUUUGAGAUAUCUUCAGACAUGGAAUCCCGCUUCGGCGUUUCUCGGGAAGAGCUGUAUAACCUGCAAAUGGAGCUGAAGCAGGUCCAGUAUGCCCAGGCCAACUACUCAGAACGGAUUCUGAGGCUAGAGAAGCGUCAAGCAGACGAUUCCGCCAUAAAGUCGGUAUGGAAUUCACCAUUUCCGGGAGUCCUGGCUGGAACGCCACAGCAUGUCCAAAUUCCCCAAAAUGAUGUCUUUGACGACUUGGAUGAACAGGGCGAGCAGUUGCUUGGCUCUCUGCAUUUAGGCCCUGCGGAAGAGGAGCCGGUUCGCCGCGGCGGCGCAGCUUCGCGAGCAAACAGCGUCCGAUUUGAUGAAAGCGCUUUGCAUGGAUCAAGCUGGGCCGCCCAAAACAAUCGUCACUCAGGAGACUUUGGCCAAGUCCGUCCGGGCACCGGUUUCAUGAUGGAACGGUCACUGUCACACAAGUCAGACGGCAGGCAUAGCUCGGCAGGGCACUCGGUGCAUUCUCACCAUUCUGUAGCGUCAGGCCGAGCUAGCAGCAUCGGCCUCGACACCAACUUUGCCACUGGCGAUGAAGAUGAUGACGACUCUUCCUUUGAUAUGCCUGGGCUUCCAGCCUCUGUCUAUGUCCUAGGGACUGUUCCAUCCAUUGUCCGCUGCUGGUUGACUACAGACUAUGCCCACGGGACGCUGCUCUACGCGGAUAUUUGUACCGGGUCGCAAAAGUCUACAAUUGAAUAUUCGCUUGUCAAAGAGCUAGACUUGCUGAGCGAAUUCCACCGCGACGCCAGUGGAGCUUAUAAAGCUAGAUUGGAUGUGUACCUUGCAGAAGCUGUCAUUACGCGCCACAGCAGCCGGUCAGAUUCGGCCGCGGGAUCAGUGCCCUCGAUGUCGGUUUGUUUUGAAAUCUGUGGUGGCAGUGGUGGCGAUGCAGCCAAAUCAAAAGCGGUUCGCAUAUUCAUUGGCAGCGAUGCCCUGAGAGCGCAUGCAGCCGACGUCCUCUUCUCUCAGAAUACGAUGGUACUCUACAGUAACGAGCGAGAUCGACUGCGGGUUCCCUUCAUUCGCCCUGAAGACGAGGAAGUAUUCCGUCACAUAACUACCAGCAUUGCUGCGCCGGAACGACCAAAGCUGAAUGCCAAUGCUGCACCGUUCGUCUUUGGGGAGAGCAAUAGGACCGACAGUGAGGAAAAAAUAGCACCAACGCCAACGACAACCACAGCUACGGCCACAGCUACCCCUACAUCCACCACAGCAGCGACUAAAGAGCUGGGAAGCAGCGAGACAAGAAGCCAGGCGUCACCCGCGACGUCACAUUCCGAGCCCUCGGGCCGUGUUCGAGCGAAUAGUGUCCCCGAUUAUGAAGAGGAAACGGAAAAAUCUACAAGAGAUGCCAGUGGCUCUGAGCGUCGGACAAGAGAUGGAUCAAGUGCGUCUGAAGCUUCGCGGCGAGAACCGUCAGGAGGCAUCUGGGGCUCCUGGCGCAAUCCCAAUGGCAACGGAACAGAUCAGCGCGAGACUGGACCAUUGAGCGGAUACCAGCCCGCGCCUCGAGGGCGUGCCAUGAAGAUCCUCAAAGCCCCAAAGUCCAGCUCGUCUUCUGCGCGCACAGGAGCGUCGUACGAGCCUCCCAUCCCAUCCAAGUCUGAGCUUGGUCGGCGCAAGAGCCAGGUUAGCAUGAGCGGCGAAAGCACCACCACAGUAGCAGCCAACGGUGGCAUUAAAUGGGAGACCAAAAAGCCAGCGACGACGAGCGAAGGCAAGGGCCACGAGGCGGCAAAGCCCAACUCGGCUUCUGGUGGUCGGGCGGCUUCGGGUUCGGUGUCGUUGCCAAGGUCGGCGAAUAAUCCUGUCGGAGUAGCGUCAGCCUUUUCGUGGAUGACACCACCGGGAACAGCAAAGUCUACCAAGACGACGACUGCGGCAGAGUAAAGCGCCUGGAGUUGCG